UUCCCGUUUCGUCCCCUCAUCAUCACCAUCAAACUAGAGUCAUGGCGGACUACCGAGAGGCGCCCUUGGCUUCUCGGCCAAAAACACUGGACCCAAAUGAGUAUUUCAACCUCGGGCCGGAGCAGCGACGUGCAGAAGAAGACAGAGCAGCGCUACGAGCGAACCUAAAGAGGCAGUAUCAGACACAACUCAACAACCCGCACAGGAAAGAGAUCAUUGAAGACCCUGCUCUGACCCGCUGGGUGUAUGCACGCGCCAACCCCUACGCAACAUUCAGGCCCACAUUUAAGACAUCUCUGCUGGGUGCCAUGAUCGGAGUUGUGCCUCUCUUCGUCCUUUACUACGUCUUCAAGACAGACAGGGAUAGGAAGGAGGAUCUGAUUAAGGCUGGAAUGAUCGAGCGCAAGUUCAGUUUGUCAUCCUGAGCUCCGUUGUAUAAAGACCUCCUUCAUGUUCUAGUGAUGUCAGUGCGUGUAAUUAUUAUUAACCGAAUAAAAUUAUAUUGUCAAAAACA